AACAUAGGGACUCCGACCUGACCUGACCUGACCUCUUUUCUGUUCAAAUAUCACAUAAAGUGGGAAAGUGAAAAGAAAGAUGAUCUCUCUCCUUUUUUUGGUCAUCCAGGACUAGGAGGUGGUGCACGAAAAUCGCAGGAGGACCCACUGUGUUCCCUGUCCUCAGCUCUGUUCCUAUUUCAAUCCUGUUGACACUUGAGAAAUACCACCCCCACCCCUCUCUCUCUCUCUCCAACCAUACCGUACGGGCAAGGAAGGAAGAGAGAGAGAAAGCAAUGCGUUUCUGAUUCAUGUAACUCUUAGUUUUUGUUGGUUUCUGGGUCUGACCGGUGUUCGUUCCGGCUCUUCUGAAGAAGCAGCUCCCUACCCAUUCUAACACGCUAUCUGAAAAGGAAGGGUUAAAAAGAGAACCCAGCUUUUCCCUCUUUGGCAGGUGGUUCUUCACAAAAAAGAUGAGCCUACAACACGUGAAAACUGCCUUUAACCACUUCACCGCCUCACAAGGCAUCAACUUUCUGUUGCCUCCUCCUCAGAUGGUGAGUUUGGUAGACGAGUUCGAGACACUGAGAAGCAGGGCAUCGAAAAGCCCUUGUGGUGACGACAGAGAAGGGUUUGUCGUGAAGAAGGGCUUGGAUUUGAAUGUGUGCGAGGAAGAGGAAGAAGCAGAGGAAGAGAUAGAAACAGAAGAACAGGAGCAAGAAGAGGAAGGAGCAGCAGCAACUAAGAGCUCUGGUCCUGGAAGGAACAGUGGAAGAACCAAGGUCUGUGCAAGAGGGCAUUGGCGACCAGCUGAAGACUCCAAGCUCAAAGAGCUCGUCGCCAAGUACGGCCCUCAAAAUUGGAACUUGAUCGCAGAGAACCUAAAAGGAAGAUCAGGGAAAAGUUGCAGGCUUAGGUGGUUCAACCAGCUCGACCCGAGGAUCAACAGGAAGCCCUUCAGCGAGGAAGAGGAAGAGAGGCUCUUGGCUGCCCACAAGAUGUACGGCAAUAAAUGGGCCAUGAUCGCCCGGCUCUUCCCCGGCCGGACAGACAACGCUGUAAAGAACCACUGGCACGUGAUCGUCGCGAGGAAGCAGAGGGAGCAGUCCAACAACGCCGGUGGCCGGAGGAGGAACCACAAGCUCCUCCCUCACCUUCAGACCAGAGGGCUCAAUAAUAUCGCGUCGGCGGCGAAGAUAAAUCAUGCGUGCAGCGACUCCACGACGAUCUCGAGCAACUUGAACGAGUCCGCUGUGUCGACCUGCACCGAACUCUCCCUCACUCCUUCUUCAGCCAGAGCACCGGCUCUUAGUUUUGCUCGGCCCUCGGAGUCCCGGAUGGGUUCAUUAGCUAAAAGGCCAGUAAGGUUCUGCAAUAACAUCAGAGCAGGCACUGAUAGUGAUGAUCAUAAUGACAACAGUCCUAGGACACAAGGGACAGUGACCGUUGGCCAAGAAGCUGAUCAUUGUGUAGUCUCGGACACGAACUCAAACGCCUCAGCAGCCGAGUCCAUGUGCAACGGCAAUCACGGGAGCAAUCACAUGAGUCUCUCUCCAGUAUCUGUUGAAACCGAGGAGAGUGGGACCGAAGAUGACAAGAUCGACUUGCCCUUCAUUGAUUUUCUUGGAGUCGGAGCUGCCUGAGCCUGACCCUAGCUCUGAGUGUGGUUUUUCGGUGCACAGAUAAUUGAGAGGGAGAGAGAAGAAGAAACUGGAAAAUGCAUUGAGUGCGAGUUAUGUUAUUGAUAGUUCAAAAGCAAUUACUAGUUACUGUAGUAGUAAGACUCGGAGUUACUAGCUACUUUUGUUUUCUGUCAGCAUGUGUGUCAACAACACAAGGAAAAAGCCACAAAUUUCCCUUGAGAUAGUCUUCAAAUUAAGGAAUGAACCCACACCACUGUAUCUUUGGCAUGGCCCUAUUACUACAAGACCUUGCGGUCAAUAGAGCUUAGCUUUUACCAGCAA